AUGCAGUUCUCAGGUCGUGACAAGGGGUGUUGCAACCCAGAACCCGUGAACCGGGUGAGAGCUGGAGCACGCGCUACUUUGCAAGCGCAGCCCGUGCAUCCCCAGGUGCCUCUAACGGCGUUCAUGCUCUCUCAACCGGUAUUUUGGCGUGCGCAGCCUUUCGCUCGAGAAGUUUACUUUUGUGGCCGUUGGGAUUGUACGGGACGGCGAGGCCUAUGGCGACAGCGCCGCAAGCACGCUCACCUUGACCAGUUUUGGCGCGUCACCAAAGCGAGUCUGUCGGAGACGGAGAGCGUCAUCGUUUCUGCGCAUUCGGCACCCGGAACCUCGAAUGCGAUACCCAUGGAUGUUCAGCAAAUCCAGCGCCGAUAUCGGUACACCGAGGAGGUCGAGGCGGGGCUUCGCGGAUGGGCGCUGGUACGCCAGGACUGGCGACGCCUGCGCUCUUGGAUCACUCGUCGAGGUCGCGCCGAGUUCCUUCACUACGAUCUGCAGGCGUUUGCUCGCUUCUAUCGUUGGCGAUUCGACUUGGUCAUCGCUCGGGCCGCGGCUGUCGCGUUCCCGCUGUUGCUCUGGUUUGUACGGUAUCGCUGGCGGCUACGGGACCCGGAGCUUCGCCAGGCGCUGGCGAACGAGAAAGGCAUCCGCAUGGAUGCAAGCUCUGCCGCCGAGCUACGAGCGCUCGCCGUCGACUUUGGCGCCACUGCAAUCAAACUGGGGCAGACGCUCAGCAGUCGGCCGGAUAUUGUUGGUCCGACUUUUAUGGUUGAGCUCCAGAAAUUGCAGGACGACGUAGGUCCGUUUCCCAAAGAAGAGGCGUGGGCCUUGCUCAGGGCCGAACUUGGCGCUGAGGCCAUGCACCAGUUAUUUGGCAACGGUGCAUUCGAUGCGAGUCGCAUGCCUGAGCCGGUUGCAUCAGCGUCGCUCGGGCAGGUCUAUCGGGCGCAGCUUUCAGAUUCCGGGAUGGAGGUUGCUGUCAAAGUGCAGCGACCACGCCUUCAUUUAGACGUGCCGCUGGAUCUGUUGAUCCUACGCUGGCUUGCAGAUAAGGCGAGAAAGUUUUUCCGACUGCGCUCCGAUUUGCCAGCAAUCGUGGAUGAGUUCGGGGAGCGACUUUUCGAGGAGAUGGAUUACGUCCACGAAGCUAUGAACGCGGAACGCUUCCGAUCGUUGUACGCACGAGCGCCGUCCUUGGCAGCAAACGACGCGACGCUUCGAGACAAGAUCCUCGUGCCCCACAUCCUUUGGCGCUACACAACGCCGUAUGUGUUGGCGCUGGAAUGGAUUAACGGCCUCAAACCGUCACAAUGGGAAAAACAGGAUGCUCUGCGUCUCAUUCGAAUCGGAGUGGCGAGCUCACUUCAACAGCUAUUGGAUGACGGGUUUUUUCAUGCAGAUCCACACCCAGGAAAUUUUCUCUGUUCCCUACCAGAAGGCAGACUCGUGUACCUGGACUUUGGUUGUAUGGCGGAACUUGAUGCUGACCGACGAUAUCACUUGAUCAUGGCGAUCACGCAUCUCAUUAACAAGGAGUACGCCGAGCUGAGUCGUGAUUUGGUGGCGUUGGAUUUCCUUCCACCCGAUGUGGACCCGCUGCCCGUCAGCCGAGCGCUGGAGGAAGCCUUCGAGGCAUCCAAGCGAGCGAGCAAUGCGGAUGCAGAACGAGGUGGACGUCGCGCGACCCUCACGGACCUGAACUUUGCAACGUUGACUUCGAACCUGGGCCGGGUCGCGUUCGCGUAUCCCAUUCGGAUACCGGCGAGCCUGGCGCUGGUGAUGCGUUCAUUGACGGCGCUCGAGGGGCUUGCGCUCAAGUACGACCCUGGUUUCAGGAUUGUUGAUGCUGCGUACCCAUAUGUUGCGCGGCGGUUACUCUUCGCUCCGACGCCGGCGCUGCGGGAAGCAGUCCAGCAGGUGCUGCUCGAUACCACCACUCGCCGGAUUCGCUGGAAUCGACUCUUCACGAUGAUCCGUCAGAGCAGUCUGGCUCUUGGAGGAGAUGGGGCAUCAAGCGGCGAAAACGGUUCCGUAUUCCCCGAUGCAAGCAGCGCUGCGUCAAGCUCGGAUAUGUUGCGCUUCAGGGGCGUUGCUGGUUUUGCGGUGGAUCCGUUCGAGCCCAUGUCCGCCGACGCUGCCUGGAACCUCGCCCUAGAAUACCUGCUCUCAAAUGAGGGAUUCUUUCUGCGCGAAGGCCUCUUGAAUGAAUUCGUUGAUAUCGUGGAUGACUUACAGUUGGCGUUUCUGCAGACGCUCUCGCGUGCAACGUUUGGCAUCGUUCCGAGCAGCGGGGAACCCAAUUCAGCGCGACUCAGGGCGAUCCAGGAGCUGCUGCUCGAGCAGCUGCUGCCGCCACUACCCCGUGAGCUCGAGACGACAUCGCAGCGCUUUGAUUUGAAUACGCUACGGAGGAAUCCGAAUCUGCUGCGACUAGUCGUACGAGAACUGUUUCAAGACUCGCGAAUGAUCAUGGGCAAGCUUCUCGAACGCCAGUCGGUUCGUUUCUGGCAGCUUCUUUUCCAACGCGCUGAGAAAGUUCUCGAGAGAGAGAUCGAGCUCAGGAAAGGCGAGGAAGAGGUGUCUACGGGAAGUCCUCCGUCUUAA